GCGUUUGUUUUGUUGUUGUUCGUUGUUCUGUUAUUUGUAAUUUGAUUGAGUUUCAUUUAAUUAUUUCAUUCUCAUUGUGAUUGUGAACUGUGAAUCUAAACCAGACCGGCUAAGAAACUAAAUAAAUCUAUCUUAGAUGUUGAUUUUUAUUUUUAAUAAAUUCGUACAUGAUCAUUUGUGCAUUGUUAAGAAAAACUUGAACAUUCAAAAAGAUCCCUAGAAAAUCCGGACUUGACCGAACCGGCUGAUGGUCCCAAAGUUUUCCUUAUUUUUAAUAUAAGGGAUAAGUUUACUCAACUAGACCUUACUAAGUUAGGCCUAUGGAUCCAAACAUGGUAACAGUGGGUACUAUGGAUAGCUCAAAGUGUCUUGAUCCAGAGACUCAUCCGUUCUGUGUGCCUCAACGAGGUGUGACUUCCAUUGACGCAAUGGAGAUCUGGCUUAAAUCUGAAGCAUACCUCGAAUAUAUAGGAUUCAUUACGGCAAUGAACAGAGAAGUAAAGGGAAAACCGUUAUCAGUGUCCUGCCCAGAGUCAGAAGUUACCGCAGGGGUUCUCUCAUUACUAGAGAAACUAGACGUUUGGAUUACAGAGACACCUCCUAUCCAACAGCCUCAGCGGUUCGGCAACAAAGCCUUCAAGACUUGGUACACCAAAGUGAAGGAGAAUGCCCUGGAACUCCUACAAGAAGUGUUGCCUGCUAAAUUCCACCGUGCAGUGCCAGAAGUCAAAGAAUACUUCACAGAAAGUUUUGGUAACUCUACCAGAAUAGACUACGGCACUGGCCAUGAGAUGAGCUUCUGUAUGUUUCUGUGUUGUCUAUACAAGAUUGGGGCAUUCGUAGCUGCGGAUAAUCUGGCUGUAGUCUGUAAAGUCUUCAACAGAUACAUGAUUCUUGUCCGUCGUCUGCAGACCGUAUACAAGAUGGAGCCAGCUGGCAGUAGAGGUGUGUGGGCGUUAGAUGAUUACCAGUUCAUUCCCUUCAUCUGGGGUAGUUCUCAGCUCAUGGACCACCCGAGAAUAGAACCUCGAUCCUUUACCCAGCCUGACAUUGUCGAUGCUUUUGCAAAGGACUACAUGUUUCUUGGCUGCAUCAAGUACAUUAAUGAGGUAAAAACAGGUCCAUUUGCAGAACAUUCCAACCAACUUUGGAACAUCAGCGGAGUUGGAUACUGGGGCAAAGUCAACGAGGGUCUGAUCAAAAUGUACAAAGCUGAGGUUCUGGCCAAAUUCCCAGUGAUACAACAUGUGCUGUUCGGCAGUCUGCUCCCCUUAGUAGUCGCGCCUGUGCCUCAGACCACUGUAGGCAAGAGACCCCCGGGGCAAUUGAGCAGGGAGAGUCUAACCCGACCACCCGUGGGGGGCUUUGGCAAACCCACUGGAACAUCCAACACCUCAAUACUAUCUACCACCUCCUGUAGUUCACCUCCCUCUCAGGCUCCAGACAAGCCCACGUAGUUCCGUACUCUUAUAAUGUAUUGAUUUACCGUUUUAUUUAUUUAUUAUUUAUAUAGAUUGUAAAAAAGUUAUGUGGUGCAUAAACAUGCAUUGUAAAGUGUUGUAAUUGUAAAUAAAAACGUUAUUUUAAGAGUUA